GCCAAGUCGUUAGGGCAAAAGACCUUUUUUCAACCACAGGCCCCUGGUCGCUUUCCGCUUGAGAGCCGCUGGGCAAUGAAUGGUUUGCAGCGAGCCGGCCGGGGCUUCCAUGGCCAUUCUGGAAAAUCGCGAGCCUCGUGACCAUGAAUGUUUGCUGGGGCUGGGCGGGCUUGAACCCUGGUCUGGUGUGCUCCAUCCUACCCAGUGGCCUGGGUAGAGGCAUGCAUAAGGACCCCGGAGCAUGGACCGGACAUCCUGCCAGACGUGACACUGUUGGGUGCGGCGCCUGCUUGCAUGGGAACAUCCCCUCGGCACGAAGCACAAGCACGCAGAUUGUCUCAGUUGCAGCAUUAUCCGGCGUGAUGGCGCCCAAUUGCGCGAGCCCGCCCACGCCCCCACGAGCACGUCUAGGGCUGCCGGGUCACUUUGGCUGUGAAGGAGGUCCGGACAAGCAUAUCUCGUGCGCUGUGCUGGUCGAGGUCGUCACAGAGCUGUGCUCUAUUGCGUGGGACGGGAGGUGGACAAGGUGGCUGUGCUUAAGUCGCAGGACGGGGCCAUGAAAUGGCUCGCACGUGCCUGCCACUGCUCGCUGCUGGGCAGGCACAAGAGGGUAACACAAAGAGGAGCAGAAAAGGCCGAGUUGUUGCUUGGGCGAGAGAGCUGCCCGGCGGGUAGCAUG